AUGGCGGAGCUGGGGCUCCCAGCCUCCCCAGCUCUGCAGCCCGGAGGCAGCCAGUGCAUUGAGGACGACUGCUAUGCUGUCUUCUGGAGCCCGGAGCAGUUUACUGGGGCGAACCUGGUCUGCCAGCAGUUCGGAGGCCACUUGAUGACUGUGCGCUCCUCAGUGGCCGCCGAUGUCAUCUCUCUGUUAGCUCAGGGGGGCUCAGAAAUCUCACUCCCUGCCAGUCGCCUUUGGAUCGGGCUAGAGCUUGAGCAGAACUGCAGUCACGAACAGAAGGGCCAGCUGCGUGGGUUCAGGUGGGUCACAGGCGAUACCAGCACCAGCUACAGUAAGUGGAAGCACAGUGGCCGUGGCGCCCUCUGCGGUCACCAGUGUGUUGUGGUCUCUGAGGAUUCUGCUUCUGGCUCCGUGGAACUGGUCUGGGAGGAGCAUUCCUGUGACUUGGUCACGGAGGGCUUUCUCUGCGAGUAUAACUACUUCGGAUCCUGCAAACCCCUCAACCUGGAGCCCAGUAUCGGGGUCAAUGUCACAUACAGUACCCCUUUCGGGGGAAAGGGAGCUGACUUCCAGGCGCUGCCCCUCAACAGCCACGCCUUGGUAGUGCCUCUCGGUUUGGAUCUUGUAUGUAAGAAGGUCGAGGACACUCCUCGUUGGAGUAAGGAGAGCUUGGGACCCUGGGACUGCCGGGUGGAGAAUGGUGGCUGCUCACAGAUUUGCAGUCAAGACAAUGGGAACCCUGAGUGCCUUUGCUCACAGGGGACUCUUUCAAAGGCCGACCUGCGCUCUUGCCUGACUGAGGGCGACUUAUGCAACCCUGGGCGUUGUGACCAGUAUUGCCAACUCAGCUCAGAAGCCCCAGGAGGCUACACUUGCAUGUGUGAUUCGGGUUACUACCUGGGCGAGGACGGUCACAGUUGCAUAGACGUCGACGACUGCGCACUGGACCCCAAUCCUUGCCCGCAGAAGUGCGUUAACACGCUGGGAGCCUUCAAGUGCGAAUGUAACCCAGGCUUCGAACUGCUGGACAGCGAGUGUGUGGAGCUGCUCGACCCUUGCUUCGGAAUCCAAUGCCAACAUAAGUGUUUACCUUUGGAGGGGGGCGCCUAUCGCUGUAUCUGCAAAGAGGGCUUUAUGCCCAUUCCAGACCAGCCCGACAGGUGCAUGUCGUUCUGCAACACCAGUGAGUGCCCAGCCAUAUGCAAUCCCUAUAAUCCGGACGACUGCCAGUGCCCAGACGGCUACAUUUUGGAUGAGGAUCAGAUGUGCAGUGACAUAGAUGAUUGUGCAGCAGAUGAAUGCCGUGGGGGUGAAUGCAUCAACCUUCCUGGCAGCUUUCAAUGCAUCUGCCCGCCACCAUACACACUCAGUAGGACAGGGCAAGAGUGUAUACUUAUAGAAAUUGUCUCCGGUGAUGAGGGUUCAGGAACAAUCCCAUCCACUGAGGCUACAGGUCCCACAACUUCCUCACCGGUGGCAGGACCUAUCCAUUCGGUCGUGCUCAUUGGCAUCGCCGUCAGCAUCUUAUCCAUUAUCACGGUGCUUCUUGCCACCAUCUGCCACUUGAGGAAAAAGAAGUAUUCAGCCCAGGCUACACUGGAUUACAAAUGCGCAGGCCCCACCAAAGAAGAGGUCUUGUAG